UACAUCGAUGCCCAUCUCCUCACUAGAAUGGAAGCCAUGUAAAACACAAAGUACGCGAGAAUUAGUGCAAAAUAGUGAAAAUAUGAAUGAAAAAGAUGUGCUAAACACAGCAAUGAUAAAUGCAGAGACCUAAAGUUCUUUAUGGGUAAACAUAGUUAUGUUAUUUCAAUGAGUACGCGUACUUUAGGAUUGCAACUGCAUUUAUAACUCUGCCCCUUCCCCUCUCCGACUUGGACUGCGCCUUGGCAUACCUACAAAUGAAAAACCUGCUGAAUUACAGUUAGACACUGAAAAUAGCUGCAGUUGUAAGAUAAUUAAAAAACAACGCUACAGCCAGCCCAGAGUGCAGAAAAGCGGACGUUUGAAAGAACGAGAGCAUGGAAAACGAAUCUGUAAAGUCAGAACACAGUGGACGCUCAAGACGCUCUCGUAAUCACAACAACAAUUCCAGCGGGGGAGGAGGCGGAGGUAGUGUGAACAACGGCUAUCACAGGGAUAGAGAUCGAUCACGUCACUCGCAUCGCAGCACCCACUCAUCUAAGUCGGGUGGAGGUGGCGGCGGUAUCGGCAAGGGAUUUCAGCGGGGCAGUGAUAUGGCGCCUUACCAGACAAGCGUAAACAUGGCGGGAGAUGGUGAGAGCCGGGAUGGUCAGGAGGUGAUCGAAGUCCAAAUUCUACCGCAGGACGAAAACUGGGGUGAGAACACGACUGCGGUGACAGGCAACACCUCGGAGCAGAGUAUAUCCAUGGAGGACGUUAACAAUAUGUGGCAUCGCGAGAAUGAUAAAGGAUUCGGAUUUCGAUGCCGGCGCUAUGUGGAAUCCAGUUUUUAUUUUCUUCUCGGCUGUGCUGCUUUCUUCUCGCCGGUCGCCAUGGUGGUAAUGCCGCACAUUGGUUUAUUCUCCUCGGCCUUUGAUCAUCCAGAAUUAACCCAGACUAGGCGUACCCAGCUGCUGGCCUGCAGUGAGCAGUGCAAGGGCCAGCUGGUCUCCCUAGCCGCACGCUUGCUGCUCCUGGCGAUUGGACUGUGGGCGGUUUUUAUGCGAAGAACUGCUGCCACAAUGCCUAGAAUAUUUCUCUACCGCGGGAUUGUAUUGCUACUCGUGACGAUUUGCACUUUUGCCUAUUGGCUAUUUUAUAUCGUUCAGGUAACGAAUGGAGCACGAAUUGUGGUGGAGACCGAUGCCGUAGACUAUAAAUCUCUGGUAGCGUACGCCACCAAUUUCGUUGAUACACUGCUCUUCAUCCAUUAUGUGGCUGUGGUAUUGCUGGAAUUGCGUCAUCAGCAGCCUUGUUACUAUGUCAAGAUCAUCCGCUCGCCGGAUGGAGUGUCUCGCUCCUACAUGCUGGGCCAGUUAAGCAUUCAACGUGCUGCCGUCUGGGUAUUGCAGCACUACUAUGUCGACUUUCCGAUCUUCAAUCCGUAUUUGGAACGUAUUCCGAUCUCUAUAUCCAAGUCACAGCGUAACAAAAUUUCCAAUAGUUUCAAGUAUUAUGAGGUGGACGGAGUGAGUAACUCGCAGCAGCAGAGCCAAAGUCGAGCUGUGCUCGCGGCGAAUGCACGUAGGCGAGACUCAUCCCACAAUGAGCGCUUCUACGAGGAGCAUGAGUACGAGAGAAGGGUUAAAAAGCGGCGGGCUCGACUCAUUACAGCAGCAGAGGAGGCCUUCACUCAUAUCAAACGGAUUCACAACGAGCCUGCACCGGCGCUGCCUUUGGAUCCGCAGGAGGCCGCCUCCGCCGUGUUUCCUUCAAUGGCUCGGGCCCUGCAGAAAUACCUGAGGGUCACACGACAGCAGCCAAGGCAUACUUUUGAAAGCAUUCUUAAGCAUUUAGCGCACUGUCUCAAGCAUGAUCUGUCGCCUAGAGCUUUCCUCGAACCCUAUCUAACCGAAUCACCGGUGAUGCAGAGCGAAAAGGAGCGUCGAUGGAUUCAGUCGUGGUCGCUCAUUUGCGAUGACAUCGUUUCUCGACCCAUUGGCAACGAGUGCACCUUUCAACUAAUUCAAAAUGAUGUCUCUCUUAUGGUUACCGUGCACAAAUUGCCGCAUUUCAAUCUUGCCGAAGAAGUUGUCGACCCCAAGAGCAAUAAGUUUGUGCUGAAGUUGAAUUCAGAGACAUCCGUAUGACACCACCAGAAUUCGCUACACCAGACGCAGCAACAGCCCUCCUUAAUCACUCCCACGCAUAGCAAUCAAACGCAAUCGUCGUAUUUGCAUGUGUUUGUUUGAAGAAAGCUUGGGUUUCCAAAAUAGGAUUAAUUGUAUUUCACGUUUUAACAUUCAGUACUUAUGUUCAUUCUGAUCAAUUAAUAUUCGUUCACACUUUUUCUAGAAAUACGAACAUAUCACGAGCUUGUCUUUUGACACUCAAUCGUAAAAACAAUGCAGCUCUUCAUCCAUUUGAUUUCCUAUAAACAUUUCAAAUAUUUUUUAAUCUAAACUCAAAACGUAGCAAAUAAGAAAUUAAUAUACUAAGUUAAGAUAGAAAGACUUGUGCAAAGGGUGUGUCAUUUCCCAGCACCGAUGCUGGGCGCACUCUUGGCGCGAUUCACUCCCUAAAUCAAAUAAGAUCGCACAAUUGUAAUCAAAAAUGAAUCCUAAAUAUUGAGCCAAGUUCCAAUCCGAAAUAGACUACUCAAAUGUAACUCUUAACUCGAAUGCAACAUAUGACAAAUAAGGUUUAAGCAAAGAGAGACUGCCUGCAUUUACAUAUACAUAUACAUAAAUAUAUAUACAUACAUAUAUACAAAUUGCCAACAAAUUGAGAUCAAUAAUCUUAACCAUGCAUACAUCAAAAUAUGUAUUUUUAGAUACAAAAUUUUCAAUGUAUAAACCACUACUAGUACUCGAAUAUAAGUAAUGUAUGUGUGUUCCAGUGAAUCAAACCAAUUUAUUUAAACUUUUAUAUAUUAAUUGCAUACUUUAUAUCAACUUAGCCAACUUUUUGCUUAAGCAAUUACAUUUUAUUUCGUUUUUCUAGCUAAAUGCUUGUUUUUAUUCGAUAUAAGAAGUACUCUAUACAUAUUACCAAUCGACAAUUAUCAGAAGAAAAAGCAAUUUUUCUUUACAAUAACCAUAUUUAAAUUUGUUGUAUUAAAACAAAAAUCGUAAAAUAAAUGCACACACAACACUUUUUUAACCAGCUUUAAUAUGAA